UUACAUGGGGUGCAGCUACGUAAGCGAGUACUGACUAAUGUGAUUGUGUCUGGGCUAAAGCAGGGAAAGCACACUCUUGAUAUGGGAGACUUGGGACGACAUGCUAGCUUGGAGGAGGAGGACGCAAGUACACAGGAAUGCAAAGAAUUACUCCCAGUUAAUCUCCGAGCCACUGAUGUGAAGCUUAUGCGCCAGCUACUCAUCAUCAAUGAAAGUAUUGAAUCAAUCAAGUGGAUGAUUGAAGAGAAGGCCAUUGCCAGCAGAGGUAGCAGUUUGAGUGGCAGCCUGUGCAGCUUGCUGGAAAGUCAGGAGACAUCCCUCCAUGGCAGCUGUAACAGUUUACAAGACUGUAGUGAUGGACUGGAUGGAAUAUCAGUGGGGAGUUAUUUGGACACCUUAGUGGAUGAUGUCCCUGGUCACCAAACCCCUUCAGAUAUGGACCAGUUCAGUGAUUCUUCUAUUAUGGAGGACUCACAGCCUCUGCAAAAGCAUCCCAAAAUUGAUUCUGAUGAGUACUACUGUUUUGGUUAAUAAAAACAAGUUCCAGUGGGACGUAAAUGCACUUGUACUUACCCUUUUUCUUUGCUGCUAUUUUAUUUCAUGUGCAAAAUCCCCAAACUUCUCUUGGAAGGAAAACAUAAUAUGAUACUUUGAUUCCACUUCAUAACUUUUCUGUUGCUUCUACUAAAUUUUCUCCUUGGUGAGUUGGGCUUUCCUCCUCCUCACCUUUUCUUUUUCUUAAUUUAUUGUUGCAAUUUUUCUUUUUUUGUUUUAUUUUUUUACAAUGCUGUAUUUGCAGGUCUGUAAAAGUGGUGAAGGAAAAGCUUUAUCUUUAAAAUGAGACAUCAGGGAAUGAGAGCAACAAUUUUGUAUUUGUCAGCAAUAAAAUAUCCUCU